GGAAGGAGACAGUGACAGACAGGUGGAGGGAGACAGAGUGAGCAGAGAAAGAGCAGGGGGCUGUCCGGAGAGGAAGAGGGAGGGCAAUCCUAAAAAAGAGGGAAGGAGGGCUAUCCAGAGAAGGAAGGAAACAGACUGGUUGACAACUGUAAACCCACAAGAAUUCCCAGCUGCCUCAGUUAGUGGACACUGGACUGCUUCCAUAGACACUCCCCUCUCAACCAGCGAAAGGCACCAGAGGCACGACAGGCCCCAUGGACACCAGGGACUGGUGUUGUCGCUGAACCCAGGCAAGGCUCCCUGCUGGCCAGCAUGUCAGCAGGCCCAGAGCACCAGGAGACGGGUCUGCUGGAGGGUCCUCAGACUGCAGGGCCCGUGGGUCUACAGACGCUGCUAGACCUGCUGGUGGGAGUGUAUCAGGAGUUCUGCUGCUCACACCUGGCCAGAGAGAAGUACAUCUCAGGCUUCCUUCAAUGGGUUGACCCCCUGGUGAGGCAGGUGAAGAAAACUCGCAUUAAAAGGGACGACUUCAAGAUCCUGAAAGUGAUUGGUCGAGGGACCUUCAGUGAGGUUGCCGUGGCAAAGAUGCGUAACACGCAACAGGUUUAUGCCCUUAAAAUCAUGAACAAGUGGGACAUGCUGAAACGAGGAGAGACAGCAUGUUACCAGGAGGAGAGAGAGGUUCUAUUGAAGGGCGACCGACGCUGGAUUACUGAGCUCCACUACGCUUUCCAGGAUGACAACUAUCUGUACCUGGUGAUGGACUACUAUGUGGGGGGGGACCUGCUGACCCUGCUGAGCAAGUUUGGGGACCGUCUCCCAGAGGACAUGGCCCAGUUUUACCUGGCUGAGAUGAUCCUGGCCAUAGACUCGGUCCACAGACUGGGUUAUGUGCAUCGCGAUAUUAAGCCUGACAAUAUCCUGCUGACCGCCACAGGCCACAUCCGGCUGGGAGAUUUUGGCUCCUGCCUCAGGGUCCAGGAGGAUGGCAUGGUGCACUCCUCCUUGGCGGUGGGGACCCCUGACUACUUGUCCCCAGAGAUCCUGCGAGCCGUGGAGGGCGGUGGGGUCUAUGGGCCGGAGUGUGACUGGUGGGCACUGGGAGUCUGUGCCUACGAGAUGCUGCUGGGCAUCACACCCUUCUACACAGAGUCCAUCUCCCAGACGUACGCAAAGAUCGUACACUUCCAGGAGUAUUUUGAGUUCCCAGCAUCUGGUCCUGAGGUGUCAGAAGUGGCACGUUCCUUAAUCUCAGGGCUGAUCUGUGAGCGGGAGACCCGUCUGGGGCGUCAGGGCCCAGGAGACUUCUGGGAUCAUCCCUUCUUCAGUGGGCUGGACUGGGGCUCCCUGCACCAGCUGCCCGCUCCCUUCCAGCCUGAGGUGUCCAAUCCCACCGACACCUCCAAUUUUGAUGUGCUGGAUGACUGUUUGAGUGAAAUGGAGACUCUGUCUGAUGUGAUGGACAGGGCCCCUGUUGGCGUUCACUUGGCUUUUGUUGGAUAUUCCUACACAGCCACAAGGCAGACAGGGGCCUUGGAUCGCAGUUGUGACAUCAUGAUUGAAUUUGAUAACCAGCGUUUCAGAGAAUGUGAAAGUCUUCAUCUUCAAGAGAAGCAGACUCAGGUGUGGCAGGUCAGAGAGGCAGAAGACUUGCCUGGUUCUCUGGACAAGAGCUCUGCAGCGUGCACUCACAGCACAGCUCAGGACCACAUUACGAGAUUUGAUGAAGAUUUGCACAGACGGCUACAAGAGGCAGAGAGGAAGAACGGAGAUCUAGAGGGGGAACUGGCGAGGCUGAGAGGAGAUCUAGAGGGGGAACUGGCGAGGCUGAGAGGGGAGAUCCAGGGUCUGAGGAGCUGCAGGGACACAGAGCUGUGCGUCUGCUCUCCACCUCUGUGUCAGCCUGCCCACUGUGUGGACCUCACGGGGCAUAUGAAGACAGUGCCUCCCGCCUGUCAUUACCCGCUGGUGAUCCCACUACAUCGCCACUUGUUGCUGUUUCACAGGGUGCGUUGGCCACAGGCGAGGUGUGAGUCAUACCUGCUGGUGUGUGCGGAGGGGGGUGAUCUGCUGGGUUGGGGGAGAAAGUGUUGUAAAGAGCUCUCAUGACGGCCCUGCUCACCAACAACGAGCGGGAGCAUCUCUUCCCCUCGCCUGUCUCCCCGCCAGGCCCCACAGAGACAACAGGAUGGAACCAGGUGGACUCCACCUCGGUACAGGAGGCAAACCACAGGGUCUUCCUGGUUUACAAAACAGGGGAAUAAGAUUUCAGAUUUGCUGUCACUUAAUGGAGUUGUAAUUUGAAUUUGGGAAUCAUGGGAUGGACACAGAAGUUCUAGACUGACGAAAUGAAGAAAUUAAAUGGAAUUUCAGAAAUAAAGGACAUUUUCAAAUGGAUCAACAAAGGAAAUACCCAAGAGAGGUUAAGAUGGUUUAUGUAAAGUAAAGCAUGGAAACAACAAGGACAUCAAUGGGACAGAAGACCCUGGUUGGACCCUAGGUUAGGGUUAAAGUUAGGGACCCUGGUUGGAGUAGCAAACGUAGGGGACACUAAGACACACUGCUGUCUGCUCAGACCUCGUUGGUGAAUUUGCAGGACCAGUUACACUGUUUGUGUUUUUAUUACAUAUGCAUAUACAUGUAUCUAUGCAUCCAGGUGUGGGUUGUGUUGAGUGUGAGGUAUUCAUUGCACUAGGGCAGGUUGUGCCUCUACAGAAUAUCCAUCACAGUACAUUACAUUUAUGCAUUACCAGUAUGUGUAGUAUGUUGGCAGCAACAUCGUGGAGAUAUAGGGGUCCAUAAGUAAUGUUCACUGUUGAUCUUCCAGAGCUUGUUUUGAGGGAAAUAAGGCUCAAUGAGAGAACAUAUUUCUGUGGAUUGAUGUAUUUUGAUGGUUAGAACUGAAAUUGUAGCAUGGUUUUAGGCUCAUAUCCCAAAUACACAGUGCAUAAAGAAAGUAUUCAUACCCCUUAAAUGUUUUGCCAUUUUGAUACAGCCUUACACUUUGCACCAAAGAUCAAUUUUAUAGCAAAGAUAAAUGUGGCAUUUGGUGCAUUUUAAAAAUAAAUAACAAUUCAAACUAUUUCUGAUGUCUCAUUAUGGGGUAUUGUGUGAUAUUCAAAAGGACCAUUUUAAAAAUACACCGUUAUAGACAAAGGUUGUGGCGGGUCUGAAUACUUUCCAGAUGUACUCAUUCGAUUUUCGACCUUUAGACUUUUCUGUUAUAUACAAUGCCAUGUCUGCACCUUGAUGUUUUAAGAGCUCCUUCAGCCGACUGUAAGCAUCUUACUCAGUGAAGAGGAAGCUGCAUGUGUGAUGUUAAGUAGUCAGGGAGUCAGGUGGCUGAGCGGUUAGGGAAUCGGGCUAGUAAUCAGAAGGUUGCCGGUGCCAAAU